UUGCAUUCGCACAUUGCAGUUUACUCCCCCGGCUUUUCAAGUUUAUCUGAAAAAAAGCGGGAAAGCAUAAAGUAAAACAAUAAUAUAAACAAAUACAUGUCACAAUAUGAACGCAAAUAAACGUGGUGCACUUAUUGUAUUCGAAGGAUGCGAUCGCUGUGGCAAAACAACACAAAACCGGCUAAUGUUCGAACUGCUGACGGGUAAAGGAGUGGAUACAAUGCAAACCAAUUUUCCGGAUCGGUCCACGGUCAUUGGCAAUGUUGUUAAUAACUACUUACAAAAUAGCCAGGAGCUGUCCGAUGAAGUUAUCCACUUGCUGUUUUCAGCAAAUCGCUGGGAGCGCAUGAACAGCAUCAAGAAGGAUCUGCUGGCCGGUACGACGGUAAUUUGCGAUCGCUAUGCCUACUCUGGCGUGGCCUACUCUGUGGCCAAGGGACUUGAUUUUGACUGGUGCUGGGCACCUGAAAUUGGCCUAUUAAAGCCCGAUGCUGUAUUCUAUCUAAAGGCAAAGCCCGACGAGCUUACAACACGUGGCAAUUACGGCGAAGAGCGCUAUGAAAAAUUGGACUUUCAGCGUAAAGUGGGCCAGAUAUUUGAUCGCUUCAGCGAAAAGGAUUCCAGUUACUGGUAUACAUUCGAAGCAAGCAAAUCGCAGCAGGAGCUGCAUGCCCAAAUUGCAACUGCGGCGGAAAAAAUAUUAAUGCAAUCCGCAGAGAGACCGCUUGGCAAGCUCACCUAGGGCCAUAGCAAUGGAUUUUCAUUGAUUUACGCAUUGCAGACGCUUCACAUUUAAUUUACGAUGUGUAUAAUAGAUUUUAGGUUGGCGCAUUGAUUAAUGCAUUUGUAAAAUGGAAAAAAAUAACAAUCCCAAUGGGAUUAUCAAUUGGAAUCUGCCGUAAAUCGGCUUAAAUAUAAGCCCAAAGUUGUAUUAUAAAUACAUAAAUAUAGAUUUGCGGACGUGUUGCAUGUUUGUUACUGUUAAA